CUGAAGCCUCUACUCAGCCUGAAGCCCUGCCCUACUCAGCCUGAAGCCUCUGCCCGGAGUCCAGCCCGUCCAGCCCGUGUGCCUCUGCCCGGAGUCCAGCCCGGUGUGCCUCUGCCCAGAGUCCAGCCCGAUGUGUGUGCCUCUGCCCGGAGUCCAGCCCGUGUGCCUCUGCCCGGAGUCCAGCCCGAUGUGCCUCUGCCCGGAGUCCAGCCCGAUGUGCCUCUGCCCGGAGUCCAGCCCGAUGUGCCUCUGCCCGGAGUCCAGCCCGAUGUGCCUCUGCCCGGAGUCCAGCCCGAUGUGCCUCUGCCCGGAGUCCAGCCCGAUGUG